AUGAGUAUAAUCGAUUUUUUUUGCUUGACUCCAGGGGCCUUUCUGAUCCCAUACUUCAUCAGCGUUCUUGUGACUGGAAUUCCAAUGUUCUUCCUGGAGGUCAGCAUUGGUCAACUCAUGUCUCGUGGGGGAAUUGAAGCUUGGGAGAUCAUUCCAUUAUUUAAAGCUCUCAAGAGCGAUGCUGCAAGUAGUACCACCGCCCAGUCUCAUGAAGUUGACUACCUUGGGAUGAAGGUGAAAUGUGUUGGUUACGCGGGAACCUUCAUUCUCUUUUGUCUCAAUUCCUACUACAAUGUUAUUCUCGCCUGGAUAUCCUUCUAUCUCUUCGCGUCGAUGCAACGUACAUUGCCUUGGUCGAGUUGUGGAAAUGAGUGGAACACUCCCAACUGCGUGGAAUCCAACUCCAAUGCAAGUGUUAUUCCCGCGUUCAAUAAUACCACGAUUGCAACUGAUCCAGUUAAUGAAUACUGGGAACGCCGAGUGCUGGGUAUCUCUUCAGGAAUUGAUGUAGUGGGCACAGUGAGGUGGGAACUCGCUCUCUGCCUCCUCUUUGCUUGGAUCGUUGUAUUCCUCUGCAUUUUUCGAGGGAUAAGAGCAUCUGGAAAGGUCCUCUACAUAACUGCUACGGCCCCAUUUAUUCUGAUGGCUAUUCUUCUUGGACGCACAGCUGUCUUGAAUGGAGCUAGGAAAGGAAUGCUUUACUAUAUGCAACCCAAAUGGGAACGCUUAGCCUCUUUGGAGGUGUGGUCUGACGCUGGAACACAAAUUUUCUUCAGUUAUUCCAUCAGUCUUGGAACGUUGACCGCACUUGGAGGUUUCAAUGACUUUCAUCACAAUACUGUCAGGUAUGUAUUUCUUCAAAAACUCAACUCUAAAAUAUAUAUUUAUUUUAUGCUAGUUUUUUUUGCGUCUAUUAUUAGCAAGGUUGUUGACAACAAUUAG